AUGGCCUCCGCCUAUUUUUUUAAAACCAAAUUUUAUUUUCCACCCGUCUGGUACGUAGGGAUGAACUUGAUCCAGGGUGCAUCUACGGGCACGGGGACCGAGGAGGAUGAAGACGAUGACUACAACAUCACAGAGGACCAACGCCAGGCCAUGCUUGCUCUUCAAGGCUUUGGCAAGAUCUCCAAUCCAUUCAAUGGCAUCCGCCUCCCGCAGGAUCUCCAGGUUCACGGCCACGACGACGAGGACGACGACGACGACGAGGAAUAUGAAGUGGAGCCCCUGCCGUACGACAUAGAAGAGAGACUGAGGGAAGUGAACGCCGCCUUCCAAGCCGAUCAGACUCCUCUCGAAAGUGAACGACCCCGAAGGGUCGGAUUUAGGUCUAACCUCGUUACCGUCUUCAACUCUUCCACAGAAAGCCUCUCCGCCUCAACCGAAGAGGGUUCGGAGGAAGUGCCGGAGCUUCAACCGGUGGAAGAUACAAAUGCCGCGUGGAUCCUAAAGGAGCCUGAGAAAGAGGUCGAAGGUCUUCCAAAGCCACUAAAACCGACGGAGGACCUUCUGGAACCACUGAAACCCAUUCUGCCGAAACCACCUUUGACUGAUCAGCAGUGGCUGCGUCAACACCUUACCAGGAAAGGGAUCUUGAACAUGGAUAACGACUAUGACGGAUUGAACGGCCUAAUCAAGCCCCAGACUCCUGGUAAUCUUAGUAACAACACAGACCAGUGUAUAGUGUCACCGGUGCCAUCAGAUGGUGAAGUGGGAAGUUCAGACAGCAGUUCCACGAUUCCGACGGACAGUGGCGGCGCUUCAUCCUCGUCUAACAGUGAUCGAGUGUUGGAGACGGAUGCGAGCGGCUGCGAAAGAGCCCUGGUGGAACGUGAUGGAAAGUUUCAAUGGGUGGAGGUAGAGAAUUUGACCUUGACCGAAAGGAGAAAAGUCGGUUUGGACACGGGGAGGCCGCCGUCUGCCCGACCCAAAUUGAAGGAUAUUGGAAAAACCCCUUCUAAGGAGUCUCCAUCUCGAGACAUCCAAAUACCGGUGCCAAAUCGGGCCGAAAAGGCGAAACCAGGCCGACGUCCCCAGUCCCCAACCAAAUUGACCAGGCGGAAAAGCAAGAGUCCUCCCCUGGUCUCACCACCUCCAGCCAAAACGCCACCAAAAACCACCACGAAAACGUCCACUUCAACGACCACUAGGAGUGGUCCGUCGCUUCGUCCACGGACAGCGGGUCCACCGCUGGAGCAGCCCCUGUUGAGGCAUCACAAGUCACAGAGCCUCAUCAACCUGGAUCGACCGAGGCCAUCGACGGCGGGAAAUGUGAAGCAGCCGAUGGCCUGGCAAUGGGCAAAGCUCCCUAAAUACGAGGGCAUGAACUCUCCCUAUGGUCUCACAGCAGAGCAACUCAAGGAGAAAGAAAGCUUCCGUGAGUUGCCCGUCUCUGAUGCGGGCGACGUUGUCCUUUCCAAAACUGACUUGCCCGCCUGA